ACAUGCAUUCAUCUUAAAUUUCCUUUAUUAAAGUCUAGUUUUCACAGAAAGAAGCGCUGCACAAUUUAAUCACACUUUACUUUGAAAUGUUUUGCCGGAAGUGUUACCUCGUUGUAACCCUAGGAUUUGACGGUUUAAAACAGACGUGGAGUUAGUGCAGGAGGGAGUGUGGAGCUUAUAGCAUCAAUAAACCCGGAAUGAAACAUGGUAUGGAUUUCCACUAUGACUUACGGACUCAUUUUUGUUUGACCACGGAGCUACGGAGACAUAUUUUGCUCUAAAGUGACGGCAUGACAUGUUUUUACCUCCGUGAAAACAGCCAAAGCUCGCUCAUCGAUCGCCCGGAGAGGCAACGUCAGAUUAGCCAGAAACCUGAUUUGAUCUGUCAGACACAAACCCACCAGAACGCCUGAAAACAUGUCACCGAUCCCCGUCCUCCCGCUUGUGAUCAACGGGUUCAUGUCCGUGCUGGGCUGCAUGGCCACACUGAAGCUCAUUCCUGCUUUCAAAGAUCACUUCAUUUCAGCCAGAUUAUACGGAAUGGACCUAAACAAAACCACCAAAAAGGAAAUCCCUGAGUCUCAAGGAGUGAUCAGUGGGACGGUCUUCCUCAUCAUCCUCUUCUGCUUCAUCCCAGUGCCUUUUGUCAGCUGCUUUGUAGGAGAUCAGUGCAUGGGCUUCCCACAUGAUGAGUUUGUACAGCUGAUUGGUGCACUUCUGGCCAUCUGUUGCAUGAUCUUCCUGGGCUUUGCGGAUGAUGUGCUGAACUUGCGGUGGAGACACAAGCUCCUGCUUCCCACUAUGGCAUCCCUCCCUCUGCUCAUGGUCUAUUUCACCAACUUUGGCAACACGGUCAUUGUGGUGCCGAAGCCGUUCAGAGCCCUGCUUGGGCUGCACUUGGAUCUGGGUAUCCUCUACUAUGUCUACAUGGGAAUGCUUGCAGUUUUCUGCACAAAUGCCAUCAACAUCUUAGCAGGCAUCAACGGCAUCGAGUCAGGUCAAGCCCUGUUUAUCUCCGGCUCAAUCAUCAUCUUCAACCUGCUGGAGCUCAAUGGAGAUUUUCAUGAUGACCAUGUUUUCUCCCUCUACUUCAUGAUGCCAUUCUUCUUCACCACAUUAGCACUUUUUUACCACAACUGGUAUCCCUCAUCUGUGUUUGUGGGCGACACUUUCUGCUACUUUGCCGGCAUGACGUUCGCUGUGGUCGGCAUCCUGGGACACUUCAGCAAAACAAUGCUGCUGUUCUUCAUUCCUCAAGUGGUUAACUUUGUCUACUCUUUGCCUCAGCUUUUUCACAUAAUCCCCUGUCCCAGACACCGGCUCCCCAGACUGAAUCCAGAAACUGGCAAACUGGGGAUGAGCUACUCUAAAUUCAAAAUAAGGGACCUCUCUAAACUAGGACACCUCAUUCUGAAGGUGGCGGAGUUAUUGAAGCUGCUCGAGGUGCGGAGGGGCCACGAUGGAGACGGCGAUUUUAUUGAGUGCAACAACAUGACCUUAAUAAAUCUGGUGCUGAAAUUCCUCGGGCCCAUCCACGAGAGAAAUCUCACAGUCAUCAUGCUCAUCAUACAGGUGAUGGGCAGUGCAGUGGCUUUCGGGAUCCGUUACCAUCUGGUGCGUCUGUUCUAUGAUGUCUAGACACUCUGCGAGGAGAGAGGAGCGACUGCUGCCUGAGAAGAAAUGAUGUUGCGGAACUGUUUUACAGGGUGGUGGUUCAUCUGCCUUUAAUAGAUUGCAUCUCCUCACUGUUAUUUUAUUUUUCUGCCUCAGUUUAUACCUGCAGUAAAAACCCAGCGCAAGGUUUAAAUUAUCAGUGUAUUGGACUUUGGUGAAUGAUUUUUUUUUCAUUCAUGAGCAUUAAGCGGCUAAUGGUCUGAUAUCAGGAGAAGCACUGUUUGAAUUGUCUUGAAUUUCAGUAAUUACAGGCUUGAAAUUGUAACCGGGUCUUAAUUAUCUUGUGUGUCCACCCUAAAAGUAUAUUUUUGUACUCGCAUUUUUUAAAGGAACGUACAGUAAGUGAGGUUGACUUUGGAUCUCCAAAGCAGCCAACAUUACUGGCUGUAUUGCUCUUAAAUUGUGACUAUUUGAUAUCAGAUUACUGAACCACAAAAAUCCUCUAAACAAACGGGGAAAAAAAGUCAUGUAGUGAUGCUUUGCUUGAAUCUUAUGUUGAGUCAAAAAUUACUUCAGGAAAAUGUAGCCACUCACACUUUCCACUUUACGUCAUGACAUAUCCAUGCGAUGUGGGUUGGAAAGAAAAGAUCAGUUCGUGUUUUUGUUUUUUGUUUUUUUUACCUCUGAACAAACGCACACAGAAUGGCUAUUGUGAAGAAAAAGAUCUGAAGGCUUUAAUCAGUCGGAAGACUAUCACGGGAAAAAAUGGUAGAGACAGAUGAGUAGUGGGGAUGUUAGAUAGGAUGGUGUCUGGAGAUUGUAACUUAAGGUUUAUGAAGAGUGAUGGGUGUUCUGACCAAUGAGAAUUAAUUGUUUCUACCCUUCUUGUUACUAUUGGAUACAGGAUUGCAUUAUUUUUUUGACUGAUAUGCAUUUUUCCCCUCAAGGGCUCAGUAAACAUUAAUGUGAAGACAACUGGCACUGGACUAUUUUGUUUAGGAAUGUAACUACAAGCGAUAAGCUGUUUACUGUUGAGAUUAUAGACGUUAAUGACGAAAUAAAAGCUGGGAAAAUUCAAAUAUAA